AUGCGCGGAGAGAUGCCCUCAGUAUUUGUCAACGGUGUUGCUAGUCCUCUCGAUUACGAUCGUGCGGCCAACGAUCAAGGACCCCUUGAGGGAGGUCGGCGGGCCGAAAACCCUUCCAGUCUCAGGAGGAGAAAUAGCAAUGCAUCAUCAGCUCGCUCCGAAAUUACCGUGUGGGAUCUCGGGGAGGAACUGUGCGAUGCGUGCCAUCGAGACACUCUAGGAGAAAGGGAAGAAAUUCCCAUCGAGAGUCCCACCAGCACUAGCAAGGCCCUCAUGGUACGCCUUUGGUCACUUCGGCAUCCAAAGGACAGCUCGGACCACAAGCUACCACAAUUCUUCCCUUGGAGAUCUGUGGAAAAGCUCAUCACACCACAAGAGGUCAUCCGCGCUCUUCAAGGAGCUCGAAGUGGAUUGGCCGAUGAAAAAAUCGAGCGGUAUGCAGACCAGAUUUGCCGACCUCAUAAGUGCGCCGACGAUCGGGUAAGCAACUCUGGGUUUCGCAAAAUCUUCGCUAUUCUGGUCAAGAUGAGCCGCGCAGUGGACAUCACCCACUUCGUUGAUAAAGGCAUCUGUGACGGCGAUCUCCCAUUGACAGCUGUUCCAGUUGACGAUGGUCAGAUGGAAAUGCGGCUACGGGGACAGGAGAACAAAAAGCUUGAUUUUCUCCGCCAUUGGAAUGACGAGCUCAAGCAUAAUGACUUUGAGGAGCUGCAAUGGACUAUGCUAGUACCUUACUUCGCCAAACGACCAGGCCACUCGGCGAGAUUGUAUGUGCUACCAAAGAAAGUCGUAUUACCAUGGCUCUCAGAGGAACGUCAGUUUGAAGGUGGCCACAGCUGGGUUUCAAAGGUGAAGAUCCACCCCCAUCAUCACAACUUCAACCAACUCGAAGACCAUAUGGUAUCCAGCAACAUCUUUGCCGUCAAACACUUGAAAGCGCAUUCAACCGAUGACGCCAGCAAUACUGACCUCUUCCCACCUGCCAACGGAACGCCAGGUGUCGCCAACCUGCAGGUGGUAGUUUCCAAAGCCACCGUCUUUUCUCAGUACGAGAUAAAGACGGAGUUCGAACAAGAAAUCGAGAUAUUGAACCGUCUGAGCCGUCGUCCUCAUCCCCAUUUGAUCACCUUGCUCGCAGCAUACCAGCUUGGUGACGAAUGUUGCAUGAUCUUUCCUUGGGCUGACUGCGAUCUCAAGAGCAUGUGGCAAACUUCACCGGACCCUGGAGACCCACUCGAGAAGAUCAAGUUGAAAUGGGUACUGGACCAGUGUUUGGGGCUCGCUCAAGGCCUUAACCAAAUCCACCACUCGAAACCUACGCCAACCCCCAGUGAGAGCAAGAUGUUGCAACGAGUAUAUGGCAGACACGGAGACAUCAAGCCGGAGAACAUACUGUUCUUCAGAGAUAAAACCAAGCCUGACGACAAGGGAAAACUGGUGAUUACCGACUUUGGGUUGACCCGAUAUCAUGGGAACGACACGAAGACGUACCUCCGUGAUAUGAAACCACCAGCCACGCCCACCUACCGUCCGCCGGAAUGCGACAUAACAACCUCUCCAAUUUCUCAAUCCUUCGACAUCUGGUCAUUCGGCUGCGUUUUACUUGAGUUUAUUGCCUGGCAUCUUGGUGGCUGGCCUCUCGUCGAACAGUUUGUUAAGAAACGGAAGCUUCAGAAUCCACUGAUGAACAACUGGCAAACGGAUCAGUUCUUCGAGAUCUUGCAAGAUAAUCCCAAUUAUGGGUCUACCGGCACUGUGGUUGCGCGGGUUAAGCAGGAGAUUCAUGAGGUCAGUUGUUUUGUUGCCUUCGAGCUUCACUCACAUCCCUCUUGCUCAGAUACCAUUCAUCAUCUUCUCGAUUUUAUUAUGAGUGAGAUGAUCGUUGUUGAGCUCAAGAGGAAACGGACCGGGACGACCCAUGACUCCUCCCUGUCAAAGCAGAAUCACACACGGGCCCAAUGCGGCAAUGUUGUCAAGAAGCUGAAGUCACUUUGUGCACAGCUAGACCAACUUCCGGAUAUGUUAACGGCGACUCCUUGUAGUGCUGAGAUCAGGCCAUCGAUUGUCGUUGAGAUGAAGGGGUACCCUGUGGGAGGUAGGUACGCGGAGCUUCCAGUCAAUCGGGGCACUACUGUCAGGGCUACGGAUCGCCCAGAACACGGAUUGGGGCAUCCGGAAACUUGGUGA